UCGUUAUUGAGAACGUUACCCUACCAUACAUCCAUCCCUUUCUUUAGUUUUCGUUGAAAUAAUUUAGAUGUUAAUACCAAUAUUUAUAAGAUAACAUAUAUACGUAAACAAUUAUUCAUACAUAUAUAUAUUAACAGAAAGGAUUAAAAAUUGAACCUUAAUUUAAAAUCCACGAAAAUUUUUAAUAUAAUAUUGAAACCAUGAACAGAUUCGUAGAAGCAGAAGAAUAUAACAAACUUGUCGAGGACGAAUUGGUAGAAAACGUUUUACAGACAAUUUCUAAACCUGUAAAAAAUGUGGAUUAUAGCAUGGGAAAGUGCAUCGUGCAGAAUAUAAACGCAGACCAAGAUGCUAUAAGAAACAUGCAUUCCUUUGAUGACUUAUCAUUACAACUGGGAAAAAAGGCGGAGGAAAAAUUUGACAUUGCUGAAGAGGAAAUAAUGAUUCGCAAUUAUCUUGCCGUUGGCGUUCAGUGGAUUUCACUAGUGACAGAAAACUUACUAAGUCAUCCAUUUAUUGUCUUGCGUCGGCAGUGUCAAGUUUUUAAUACGUCAAACCGUUACCACAUGCACCCAUUAACACUACUGCCCAGUAUCUUAAAUUUACAAAGACGACAAGGGGUAGCUACUUUAUGGAAGGGUGUUGGUAGCUGCCUACUUGUGCGUGGAAUGACGCUGGCAAUUGACGAUAUAAUUUCUAAAUUUACUGGUUGGCCUAAGGAAGUAAACAGUAAAACAACAUUAAAGCGAUUCGGACAACACAUUCUCCUCAAGUGCUUAAGCAUUGGAUUGGUUGUGCCAUUCCAUUCUGCUUCUUUAGUGGAGACUGUACAAAGUGAUAUAGCCAGCGAAAAACCAGGACUUUUUGAUGUGUUUCGUGAAGGAAGUCUUCGAUUUCUGUAUUGGAGUUCGCCACAAAAGGGCAGAAUGCUUCCUGCUUGGGCAUUAAUAGGUCCAUGUGUUUCAUUGGGAAUUAUAAAGUAUUUAUUUAGUUUAGUAAUUCGUGGCCUUUCUUCUCGGAUUAUGAGGAGGCGGCUAACUGUUUUAAGAAAAAAACGUACUGAGAAAAUUUCCGAUGAUGUGCUAGAAAACCAAAAUGCUGAGAUAUAUGCUAAUCUUAUUACAAUAAUAACUACUGAGGUCAUUUUCUAUCCAUUUGAAACCGUUUUACAUCGCCUUCAACUGCAAGGUACUCGAACUAUUAUUGACAAUCUAGACAAUGGCUAUGCAGUAGUCCCAAUAUUAACAAACUAUCAAGGAGCCAUAGAUUGCUACCAAUCGACCAUAUUUUCUGAAGGUUUUUGUGGACUUUACAAGGGAUUUGGCGCAAUGAUGCUGCAAUUUAUAUCACACCUUGCUGUACUUAAACUAUCCAAGUGGAUUGUAAGCAAAAUAUCUGAAACUCUUACAAAUCGGCCAUCAUCACGCAUUAUACACUACUAUAAUAUUGAUAAUAUUGUUUGUAAUUCUAGCUCUUCAAGUAUGUCGCCAAGCCUUACUAGUUUUGCUUAAAAUUAAUUAUUUAAGUGACAAAUAAGGACUAUAAUAUAUUGUUAGUAAAUAUCUAAGAAUUUGUUAAUAAAAAUUGCUUGAAAUAUA